AUGUUACCACCAAAGGUUGCAAAAAAGAAAAAGAUUCAAAGCAUCAGCGCUGUAAAACAAUCAACUACAAGUUAUGGAAAGCAGAAGAAAUCUGCAACAUUAGGGACAUAUUUCAUGCCGAGAACAACUCCUGGUGCUCAAAAGUCUCUUCAGAAUUGUUGGCAAAGGAAAGAAGCAGUUGAACGGUGUGAUCUUGCUUUAGCGAAGUGGAUGUUUGAUGCAUGUGUGCCAUUUAAUGCUGUUAACUCUGUGUAUUAUCAGCAUACCAUAGAUGCUGUAACAGCCAUGGGUCCUGGUUAUAAAGGACCAAACUUGCAUGCUAUCCGUGGUUAUUACUUGGCAAAAACGGUUGAUGAAGUGAAGAUUUAUGUUAAGAGUUAUCGAGAGAUUUGGAAGAAGACUGGUUGCACAUUAAUGGCUGAUGGAUGGACAGAUCAGAAGAGGAGGACUUUAAUUAACUUCUUAUUGUUUAGGGAGGUUGUUUUGUAUGUUGGAGUAGAAAACAUUGUGCAUAUGGUAACUGAUAAUGCUGCAAAUUAUGUUGCUGCUGGCAGGUUAUUGAUGGAAGAAUUUCCUUCAAUAUUUUGGUCUCCUUAUGCUGCUCAUUGCAUCAACCUCAUACUCCAGGACAUUGGUAAAUUGCAGUCAGUUUGUUGUGUUGUUGAGCAUGCUUCUAGUAUCACAAAGUACAUUUAUAAUCAUUAUUAUCCAUUGUAUUUGAUGAGGAAGUUCACUGGAGGAAAAGAAAUACUUUGUCCAACUCCUACUUGUUUUGCCACCAAUUUCAUUGCAUUGCAAAGCAUUUUAGCUCAUAAAGAUGAGUUGAGAGCUAUGGUGACAUCUAGGGAAUGGGUCUCAUUUGCUUAUGCUAAAGAUAUCAAAGGAAAAAAGUUUGUUGAGAGUGUGCUAAACUCUUUGUUUUGGGAAGAAUGUGCAAUAAUUGUGCGAAUGAGUGAACCUUUAGUUCGAGUUCUACGAUUGGUUGAUGGUGAUGAUAGACCUCCGAUGAGAUAUUUGUAUGAUGCUAUUCAUCAUGCAAAAGAAGAAAUGAUGAGGAGAUUUCAAAACAGAAAGCCUAGAGUGAAACCUUUCAUAGACAUUAUCAAUAAUCGCACCAUUUCUGGACUUCUAGAUGUUCUUGAGAAGUAUGCACAUAGAAAUCUACCAUUGCAAAGUAAGAUUACAAGUGAGAUGAAGUUUUUUAGGAAUGCUGAACAUGAUUUUGGCCGAGCGUCCGCAAUAAAUAAUCGCACCCUUAUGCCUCCAGAUGAUUGUGAUGAUGAAGUUUCAAAGGAGCAUGCUGAUGAUUUAUUAGGUGUUGACAAGAUUGACUCAUUUCCAUCGACAUUUGAUCCAAAUUUUGCUCCCAUGGAUACAGAAGAACUUAAUGUGUUCAUUCAACAAAAGUGA